UUUAAAAGUCAAAUCAUAGAAAUUCAUUUUCAUUGAGAGGCAUACCUUUGAGAGGUUUAGUUUAACUCAAUAGUUUUCAAUCUAGUUUUUAUUGAGUCGAUCACUCAUUAAGUCUUUCCAUUAAUCUAUGGCUCUUUAAAUAGUUUUUAUGAUUUUUAAUCAUAUAUUUUCAUUUUAGCCACAUUUUAUUAAUAUUUUAUUUAAACCAAAUUAAACCCUAACCUAAGAGCCAAAAAUGCCGGCGCCAUCACUGAUAGAGCCGACCGACGACGAGAAGCAGGCGAUCAUCGAAAUGAGGGACGGAUUUCAGACGGAGUUCAACACAAACCCUGACCUCUACUACAGGAAAGACAUGGAACUCGUGAUGAACAACGACUGGAAUGUACACCGAUUCUUGUUGGCCGCCGACGGGGAUACCGGUGCCGGACUCACACGCCUUACCAAUGCCAUGAAAUGGCGAAAACAUUGGGCGGUGUGGGAGAUGUGUGAACAGGAU